GUCGUUCUAGGUAUUGGGUUGCCACUGUUUUCGAUGGAGCAGGAAUGGCGGCAAGUGUCACGCCGCCGGCGUGGGAAGCCUCGUAAUGGAGCUUCUUAUCCCCGAUUCGCUGCAUCGACAGCUUCGAAAGUUGCGGCUAACGGUAAGAAGUUCUAAAUCAAUCGGAACAGCGUCAUAUCUACCGGAAGUGCCUUUGUUUCACUGUAUCAACCACUGGUCUGCAGUUCUAUGCUGUUUUCCCAGUCUUGGAUGCGUUGAAUUCAAACCUGUACCGAUAUUCUUUCCUACGACGCUUAGCUUACGUACCAUCCGAAUUGAUGAAUUUGCAGUUGGAGAAGAGGAAGUGGAGCCUGUGCCGGAGAUAUCUGCGGACAAGCAAACGAAGAUCAUUGGACGAGUUCGUGCCAUUGCUGACAUCCUGCGAGAUUCCUUACUAGUACAAGAUGCGCUACGAGUUAUUGCGGAGCACUUCGAGCUGAAUACAGUCAAGAAAUCAGUUGAUAAAGACGUUGAAGGAGUUGACACAGAAGAAGUGACCGACCACAGUCCGACCCUCGUCGGCUACGGACUCGGGAGCUUCUGUGCGUCGUCAAAUGCCGUGCAUCAAUUGGGUUUCCUGGUGGCAUUGAGGGAAUCUUUGGAGUCUAGACUAAGAAAAUCCAAUGGUGACGUCCUAGCGGUGGAGAGCUCAGACACAAUUCAGCACUGCGCGGAGAUAUUCGAUCCAGCCAUGAACAAGAACGACGCUGUGAUCGCUGAGCAUUUCCAGUUGAAAAUAAUUCUAGAGAACGAACACGGACGGCGGCAGGUAGAUUCCAACACAGUGUUCUUCAUGCCACACUGUGGCAAAACUCUGUAUCAGAACGUCCUUGCGUGCAACUGGGGCCCAGCGAUCAAGAACCUUGUCAUCAUCGGCAACAGUUUCUCAGCGUACGGAGACCGCGUGCUUGGAUCGAAAGAGCGUGACGAAUUGCUCCUCGUCAGUGUACUACCAUACGUGGACGAAGUGCCUUUGCCGUGUGGUGUCGCCAAACACCACGAGGACUUUGCGCGUUAUGAGGCGGCUUUCAACGAUCUAAGCGUACUCCGGUUCCCGUCUUCAUCACUGCACCGUGCACUUAGAGACGACAAUCUUCUCAACGAGAAAAUGGCCACAGUAGCUAGGACAGAGAAGCCUAAAUGAUUGCGUUGAAGCUGCAAACCAUAAGUCAUGGCUGCCCAACCCAUGGGGCUCUUAUUCCAGCACAUUUUAGGUCAAAACCCGUCACUAGUGACGUAUGAAACCCCGAUAACCGUAGAAGAAAUCAUGCGGCGCAACGGAUUUACCUGUGGCUGGUCACUG